ACACUGUCAUAAUACGGCUUGGACGAUGAUUUUGCAAAAGUCUACCACUCUCGCUCUGCAAGCCGGGUCGCGUUGUGCUGCCUUGGCCCCAUCGGCUGUGGGCAUGAGCCGUGCUCUGCUCGCCGCUUGCAGGACACAGCACAGAGACUUUAUUACUAUCGUCCCGCAGGGGCAUGAGGCGUACAGGUUGACGCUUGGGAGAAGUCCGACGAGGCUCAUGCCUGGCCUCCAUCUGAACAUCCCGGUGUUGCAUACUCUGCAGCAUGUCGACAUGCGAGAAACGAGCAUACCUAUUGCCGACCUCACCGGGUUCACAUCCGACAACGUCCCCGUCCUCGUCUCUGGUUCACUCUUCUUCCGGGUCAAAGAUGCCUAUCACGCCUGCUUCAGUGUAAACGACUUUGGGGACAACGUACGCGCCAUCGGCACUUCCGCGAUGCGCUCUGUAGUGGGAUCGUUCCACUAUGAUGCGAUCAUCGGAGAUAGGAACGCGAUUAAUGAUAAGCUUAGGGGGGUAAUUGGGAAUAGUAUCUCAAGCUGGGGGAUCGAGUGCACGAGGUUUGAGAUCCAGACGUUCAAGCCGAGUAAUCGGGAGGUAGAACGGCAGCUGGAGCUCCAGAUGGAGGCUGAGCGAAAUCGCCGCAAGCAGCUGCUCGACACUCAAGCAGCUGUGAACGUUGCCGAGGGUGUGAAGCAGAAGAUGAUCUUGCAAAGCGAGGGUGAGAUGGAGGGCAAGAUCAACCAAGCGAACGGGGAGCUUCAGGCGCGCCUGAAGGAGGCAGAGGGAUUCGGACAGCAGAUCGAGAUCAUCGCUCAGGCUAUCGCUGGGCACGGCGCGGUCGUCGAGUCGGAUGCCAGGCUAAAGUCGGUCGAGUUUAUCAUGGAGAUGAGGAGGCAGGACACGUUCCGCACUAUCGCUGAUGGGCAGGGGAAUAACACGUACUUCCUCCCUCCUGGGUUGACGAGCUUGAGUGAGCCGCAUGAGAUGGAUGCGACGCAGCGCUGGGUACGCAGUAUGCAGGACAAACGCAAGUCGACUGCUACACCGGGUGCAUGA